GGGCCUCACAACCCAACCUGUUGUUGUCAACAUCCCAAUUUUACGACAAUGGCAGAACAGGAUCAGCAAUACAAGUACUACAGCUUCAAACCCAUCAGCUCUCCUCUAACAUACAGUGUUCGUGACUCUGCCGACAGCUUCGACAGCGACUCAACAGAGGCAAGCCUUGGCUACACCAAAGCAUUCAGUCGUGUCGCCCCCAAAGCAGUAGCAGUGAAAGGCGGUGCAACACAUCAUGACCACGCCUACUGGCGUGACAACAACCUGCAGCUUGCAGCAGACGACAGCGACAUUGAAUCCGAUGUCUCUCUACCGAGAUCUCCUCCGAGGUCGCGCCACACUCGUCCAACAAGCUCUAACCUGUCGGUCUUGCCUUUGAGUGGCAGCAACCAAAGAGAUGAACGUGUUGACCAGGAGGCCCACAGCGAGGAGGACGAACGCCAUGUUGUGCACACAUACAGCUUGAGAGAUUCUGGUCUGUACUCUCACUCUCCAUCAAACAAUGGUGAAGACCCUACGACCAUGGUAGAGACUGAUGCUGGAGCAAGUAGAAAGCUCCGUCUAGUAACCACAUCUGCAGCAUAUGCAUCAAGGCAGGAAGUUGAUCGAGACCCUGCAAACUUGGUCAUCAGCCCUAGUGCUGUGUCAGUCAGGAUGGAAGCUAGUGAUGAGCACAACUCCGAUGGGCUUCAUCAGGUUUCUCCUCUAAGAGAAGAAAUGACUGUGAGUGAUACAAGAGUCAGCAACCAAGCGGUAAGGGUGACUUCAUCGCGUCCUGUCUUUCUUGCUCGAUCCAGAGAGUCAAGACUGAGGCUGUUGAAAUCCGGUGGUGUCGAACGGUUUGCUGAAAUAGCAACCAAGGAGCUGCAGCAGCAAGAUGCAGUCGCACUGGGACUUCAAGCAUUCCCGAUCACUUCGGUUGAACAGACGACAGGAAACAGUUUCAUCAGUAGGCCAUAUGAUCCAAGAAUCAUAGGAAAAGUCAUCAAGACAAAAGCCGGAAGCAUCCAUCAGGUCGAGUUGCACAGACCUUCGGAUGGACCGUUUGGUUUCACUAUAGCGAAGGGUACCGUCAAUGACAAAUCGGCCAUCUAUGUUGCUAAAUUCAAGAACGGACAAGGACACCCCGAGAAAUUUUUUACAGGGCUAUUGGGGGUUGGAGACAAGAUUGUCGCUGCUAAUGGAGUUAAACUUAAGAAGAAAUCGAUAGACAGUGUGCAUGAAAUCAUGCAGUCAUCAGACAAGCUGCUACUGACUGUCAAGCCUCGACUGCUGAGCUCAGACUGGUAGUAAUGCAUUCGUUAUAGUUUAUAUGAAAAGUCAUGGCACAGAUAACUAGUAUACAGUUCUUUGUAUAGUCUUUACAAAAUGAUGCUGCUGUCGAGGCAACAUCAUAUGCUGCUGACAAUGUGUAGCAACAUUGUGCUCGUACAAGAGUUGACAGUUCAAUAUAUAUAUAAGUUAUAUUUGC